UGUCAGUGAAGCAACCACCUUGAACCGAAUCCUUGCUUAGUAGCCAAUUGAAGAAGAUAGAAAGUCUCAAAAAAGAAAAAAACGCCUAAUCUCUGGUUUCUCUCUACGAGAAGAUCUGAUUCGUUCUGUUUAGGAAUUCAGUACUCUCCAAUUGCUGAUUCGGAAUUUUGCUGCUACUGCGAUGUGGUUGGAGUUGGAUGCUUACUAGCGAAUUCAGCACUCCCAGUUCGAAUAUCAGAGUCGAAGAUUACACAUUCAGUAGACUUAUCUUUGCAGUGUCAGAAAUCCGAACUUCCAAGAGUACAGUGUUAUGCUAAAUUUCAAUUUGUCUCUUCUAUCUACUUCAUUUCACCUGAAAUUUUAUGGGAAAGUUUGGACUUUGUGGUUGUUUCUUAGAAAUUUGUGACCGUUUACAGUUUGAACUGCGUAGGUGAGAAACCUGAAGACUAAAUGCAGUUAUAUAAACUAUGCCGUAACUUGUUGGAAUCUAAUUGACCCGCGAUGGUUCUUAGCGAAGAUCAAUUACAGAUGGUGGGUGUAUGUGAAGCAAAGAAUGAUAAUUUGUGCUCAGAUGUUAAAACUGUAAAUGUGAAAACUUCCAUUACACCGCGUCAGAGUAUAGAUAAAGAGGGGAAUUUAUCAACUUGUCGUGUGUGCCACUGUGUUGAAUCUGACACUAGGGGGGAUGCUGCAUUAGAGUUCUUGGCUAUUUACCCUCCCUCACCGAAAGUUGUGGAUGUCAAUGUAGAUAAUAAGAACCGUAAUAGCAAUGGAGUGUCAAAAGGUGCUGAAACUGAUAUUGAACAUACUGAGGAUCGUGGGAAAGAGCAUAGGGUUGUGGAGUUUAUAAGCCCCGAGGGGGAGGUAUUCAUUUGUAAUACUGAUCUGGAAGCAGGUCCGCAUAACCAUCAGGAUGUACUUAUUUGUCUUGGUUGUUGUUGCAAAAGUGAUCUCUCUCUUGCUCAUUAUGCUUGUGCUUUGAAGUGGUUUAUUAAUCAUGGAUCAACUAUUUGUGAAAUAUGUGGCAGUGUAGCGAAAAAUGUAAGAGAAUCUGAUUUCAAGAAGAUUGUGGCUUCUAUUAGGGAUUAUGAAGCAUUGAAGGAAAGAACUGCCACUGGUGAACCUACUAUAGCACCCGCACAGAUAAGCGCAGGUGUAGAUCCUGAUGCCGUUGCUGCUAUCCUAAGACAAAGGCUUAGUGAGAUUUCGUUGUGGUUUAACCCACAUAAUAGUAGUGAUAAUAACGGGUAUAAUAAUAGUAAUUCCACUAGGACUUCCCAGGGAGUUGUAGAACAGCCUUCUGGGGUUGUUGUUGAAGACACCCUCCAAACUGAAAGCCCUGCUACCAAAUGGGCUGUCGAAGGGACUGGGAUUCUUGUUGCCACUGGACUUCUUACUGUUACACUAGCAUGGCUCAUUGCUCCUCGUGUUGGAAAGAGAACAGCAAAAAAUGGUCUUCACAUUCUUCUUGGGGGUAUAUGUGCCUUAACAGUUGUUGUCUUCCUUCGCUUUAUUGUACUAUCUAGGAUCAAAUAUGGACCAGCACGGUAUUGGGCGAUCUUGUUUGUUUUCUGGUUUCUUGUUUUUGGAAUAUGGGCUUCACGAACUCAUGGUGCACGUUCUACGUGAUAAUUCUUUUGUUGAGUGUAAGUAAAUAGAGAAGUUACAAUGUUCCGUUGUGAAGACAGUUCAAGUCGCCGGCCCAAGCUGCCAGCCUAGCAGAGCCGUCUUAUGGACUAGGCCAGCUAGGCUGCUGCCUAGAGCCUCAAUUUGUUGUGGAUCACCGGGCUAUUUCACACCGUUAUAUUCUGGGGUGCUUUGCCGUCGUACCAUGUGUGGCAUCUUUUUUCUGUUACCCUCUGGUAUAUAUCGCCCAAGUCACACAGUUUUGUGUUUUUUUAAUGAAAAUUUCUGUGUUCAAUUUCUAGAAGGCGUAGUUAUUGGUAGUGUUGGUGAUGACGGUGGAGUUCUUUGGUAUUAAAUUAAUUUCAUUUUAGUCUGAAAUUGUUUUCAUUUCAAAAAACACCCGCUAUUGCCAUCGUUGUUCACAGCAAAUGAAAUAUUAGUACGAAGUUUCAUUAAAACUUCAAGCGGUCAAUGUGAAUUA